AUGUCUUUAUUUCCUACUCGAGCCAUCUUCGUACUGAGCCCGGGUGCUGAACCCAAACUGAUUGAUGUCGGCUUGAGGCGGCAUACUCUCCAGCCUACAGAAGUGAUGAUCGAGAACUCAGCUUCAGGCCUUUGUCACUCUGAUAUCAACCUCAUGAAUGGACAUGUACCACGAUUUACCUUCCCGCUGAUACCAGGUCAUGAGGGCGCCGGAGUAGUAAUGGAAAUCGGAAAGGAAGUUGUAGGCCUGGCAGUUGGAGAUCAGGUCUUGACGUCUUGGUCUUACUGUGGAAAGUGUCGAAUGUGUGAACGUGGACGUCCUAGUGUAUGCGAAGAGUGGCAAUCAAGGAAUUUGAGCGGAUCGAGAGCUGAUGGCUCAGCUGCUUUUGAAACUCUCAAUAAUCCUCCACCAGAUGAGAAAAUCGGAUCUCAAAUGAUUGGUCAAGCAGCCUUGGCAAAGCAUAUGAUUGUGGAGCAGUCAAGUUGUACCAAAAUUCAAACCUCACUCAGUAAAUCUGAUCUAGAUUGGCUGGCUCCACUCGGUUGUGGAUUUAUAACGGGUGCUGGGACGGUUUUCAAUUGUCUCCCAAAACCUAUCAAAUCAGGUUCAACAAUUGCAGUAUUUGGAGUUGGUGCUGUAGGCUGUUCAGCCUUGAUGGCUGCUAAAUCGCUCGAUUUGUUUGAGGAGAUUAUAGCUAUCGAUAUUCAUCCUGAACGAUUAGAGCUUGCAAAAAGUUUGGGAGCGACUUCAGUCGUUUUAUCCGAUGGAACAAAGGAUGUUUCCCCUCAAGUUCGAUCAAAGACCGCAAAGUCGUUAGGAGUAGAUUAUAUGAUCGAAUGUACCGGUUUAUCUAGCUGUAUGAAAGAAGCGUAUGCAUCAUUAGUCAACGGUGGGAUGUUGUGCUUGGUUGGCAUUGCUCGUCCAGGGACUAAGCUGGAUAUCGAGGUUGUUACCAUGGUUAGCGAUAUGAAAUCACUCCGAGGAUGCCUUCAAGGCGAUUGUGUACCAUCAGAUUUGAUUCAAAAACUAAUCCAGUUGAACAAAGAAGGUCAAUUUCCAUUUUAUCAAUUGUGCAAAAAGUACCCUAUUGAAAACUUUACAGAAGCUAUGAAUGAUAUGACAACUGGAAAAGUCAUCAAGCCUAUUUGUUGA